GCAGUUUCGUGUUCUAGGUGCAACCUCAUCUCACUAGGCGCGGCUCUCGUUGCGACACCGGCUUAUCCCACCGGGUCUAAGAUGCUCGUAGUCUCCAGACACUCGCGAUCAUUUACUUUAGCUGUGCUCACCUAGCAAUGCGGCCCACCAGGUAUUCGACCACACGACAAAAGGCAUGCCAGCCAUGCGCGACCGCCAAAGCCAAAUGUGACCGGAAAGCUGUGACAUGUUCCCGGUGCCACCAGCGGGGCCUCCCAUGUCUCUAUCCACAGGCUCGGACGAUCCCUUCAUCCGCGCCGGGUGCUGCCGGUCUGCAUACAGAGGCUGAAGCCGAGGUCGAUACGGACCGCGUAGCAACCACGAUAUCCGCGACUGUGGAAACAAACGCGGUGUUCUCGCCGUUUCGGAUGAUUCCGUCAGUCGAGACGAGCGAAUUGUUGGCCCCAGAGACCGAUCGACCAGACGUCCUCAAGCCUGAUGUGUUCGACUUUUCGGACAUGAACCUUGUCUGCACAGUCAACGCUGAUGACAUUGCCAAUCGAUGGCUGAAUAACUUCGUCCCAAUAUCGGGACAAUUGGCAAAGAAUUACUCGCCGAGUAUGUCGGCUUUCAUUCAAAGGAUUCUGGAAUCCUACGUAGAUUCUUCCAUCCGCGGCCGCAAGAUUCCUCCUUUUGUACAUUGGUCCCAGAUAACUCUGCCAUCAAGCCAACCCUUGUCAAAUUGCCUUUCCAUCAUUCGAAGCUACAACGAGCCCGAGAUGGCAGGCGCUGAGGCCGUAGCCAACGAACUCAAGGUUGAGAUGGCGAAGCUUUACAGCCAACACACAUCCCAUGAUGGAAUGACACUUCUCGCAGCGUUUCAAGCACAUCUUAUUUACGCCAUGGUUAUCUUUUUCAAAUUUGGGAAAGCUUACUACCCAUUUCUACGGGAGGCCAUGAUGAGUACCCAGGAUCUCGCAUGUGCGGCGGCGAAGAAAGGACUCGCAUGCGUUCCCGAAGGAGAUGAGACUCGUCACAGGUGGGAGUGCUGGAUUGCCGGCGAAGCUAAACGAAGAACUCUGUUCACGAUGUGUCUUUUUGAUAGCGCCCUGUUGACACAUGACGGUCUCCCAACUCACCUUGCCACCGAGUUACGCGGGUUAUUAGCGCCGGCCUCGAAGGCCUUGUGGGAGGCUCGAACGAGGCGCGAAUGGUGGGGUAGAUAUGACUUCCAGCAAGCAGAAUGGCCAGAUAGUUGGCUAACUAUCGACGAAUUGUGGCCUGUGCCUGGAGAUUUCAGCGAGACUGAAGUUACUCACAGACGUACAAGGGUGAAUACAUGGCUGGAGGACUUAGACGAGUUUGGCACAAUGAUUUAUGCUGUGACCAGCGGGACCCACGGUACCUGAUUUUGACUGAAGACAUAAGUUAUUCACGUCAAAGCCAAGUGUCCAAGAAACGUAAGGCAAUAUCUUGGAAUCAGUCCUGUCUGAAGA